AUGGGUUGUGGCCUUGCAAUCUUGUUCCUCUGGUACCUUCUUUGCCGGCCGACUCUUGGAUGGGGAGAUGUCGGUCAUCGUACUGUUGCAUACCUGACCGAGCAAUAUCUCACUGAACGGGGCACAGAGUUUCUUAACAAACUCUUGCCUCAGCGCAGGCAGUUCGACAUCUCAGACGCGGCUACAUGGGCCGAUGAAAUCAAACAAGAGUGCCCCGAGACUAAACCUUGGCAUUAUGUUGAUGUGACGGAUGAUCCCCUGGGGAAUAUCUGUAAGAUAUCAUCCCUUCCACGGGAGUGCAAAAGCGGCAAAGGCUGCAUCAUCUCGGCUAUAGAAGAUAUGACCUUUCGAGUGGAUGAUGAUAGCUUCAACCAAACAGAAGCCGUUAUGUUCUUGUUCCACUUCUUUGGGGACCUUCAUAUGCCCUUGCAUAUAGAAGGGUACGAGAAUGGAGGAAACGGGGUAAAGGUCUGUUUUGACGGUCACAAGGAUAAUUUGCACAGUAUUUGGGACACAGACAUGCCUCACAAGAUCAACGGCAUCAACCAUACACUGAAGCAUAACGAUGAAAAACUGGCAUCCCUAAAGUGGGCCAGGUAUCUCUUUCAAAAGAACAAACACAGACCCACGACCGCUGUGGAAUGUGCGGAUGUGACCAGCCCCCGGACAUGUAUCAAAUUGUGGGCGGAGGAGACUAAUCGUUUGAACUGUGCUGUUGUCUUCAAAAGGGGACUUCCGUAUCUCACGGGCGUAGAUCUUGCAGGCGAAUACUAUGACGAUGCCGCGCCGAUCAUUGCGGAACAGAUUUUUAAAGCAGGUGUUCGUCUGGCAGGCUGGAUUAAUGCCCUUGCGGAGAAGUGUCGCGUCAAAGCAGCCCUUGUUGUUCAGGGGGAUCCGAUGAGAGACCUAUGA